GCAGGCGCGGUAGAAGUGUGAGGGGGCUGCUGGUGGCGGUGUCAUGGCGCAGAACGGCCCGCGGGCUCCCGGAGAUGAGGAGGCGGAGGAGAGGACGGAUGGCGGAGGACGGGAGCCCGCUACACGGCGGAGAAUCAGCUCGUCGGAGGCGCUGUCGGGAGCGGCCCGGGGGAGAAGACAGCGGCACGACUCCCUGAGGAAAAACAGGCCGCCCUUUCCUUGGUUUGGCUUGGAUAUUGGUGGGACGCUGGUCAAACUUGUCUAUUUUGAACCCAGAGACAUCACGACAGAAGAAGAGCAGGAGGAAGUGGAAAGUCUGAAGAGCAUCCGAAAAUACCUGACGUCCAAUGUGGCCUAUGGACAGACCGGCAUUCGAGAUGUCCACUUGGAGCUAAAGGAUCUGACCAUGUGUGGCAGAAAGGGUAGCCUGCACUUCAUCCGAUUUCCCACUCACGAUAUGUCCGUCUUCAUUCAGAUGGCACGGGACAAGCAGUUCUCCAGUUUACACACCUCGCUGUGUGCCACUGGUGGUGGAGCGUUUAAGUUUGAAGAGGAAUUCCUGACUGUCGGAGGACUAGAACUUUGCAAGCUUGAUGAACUGGACUGCCUUAUUAAAGGAGUACUCUUUAUUGACUCUAUUGGCUUUAAUGGUCAGUCGCAGUGUUUUUACCUGGAAACUCCCAGAGAUCCUGAACGGUGUCAGAAGAUUCCUUAUGCUCUGGAGAACCCCUACCCUCUCCUGCUAGUAAAUAUUGGCUCAGGGGUCAGCAUCCUGGCUGUGUAUUCCAAAGACAACUAUAAACGGGUUACAGGCACCAGUCUCGGAGGAGGAACGUUUUUCGGUUUGUGUUGCCUCCUCACUGGCUGCUCCACUUUUGAAGAGGCUCUGGAAAUGGCAGCUCUUGGAGAGAGCACGAAAGUGGAUAAGCUUGUCCGUGACAUUUAUGGUGGUGAUUAUGAUCGCUUUGGAUUGCCAGGCUAUGCGGUUGCCUCCAGCUUUGGUAAUAUGAUGAGCAAAGAGAAGAGGGAUUUGGUGAGCAAGGAAGACUUGGCCAGAGCCACCCUCAUUACUAUCACCAAUAAUAUUGGUUCCAUAGCACGCAUGUGUGCACUAAAUGAGAAUAUCAGCCAAGUGGUGUUUGUGGGAAACUUCUUGCGGAUUAAUACCAUUUCUAUGAAGCUGUUGGCCUAUGCUCUGGAUUACUGGUCCAAAGGACAGCUCAAGGCCCUCUUCAUGGAGCAUGAGGGUUAUUUUGGAGCCGUCGGAGCAUUGCUGGAGCUGCUGACUCCGACAACAACAACCUGAUCACUCAGCCAAUCAUCUGACAGCCGGUCCAAGCCAUAUCUGUAUAUUUAUCGGCUGGGUAAAUUCGCAUGUAAAAGAUGUUAGUUUUAGGUGUUUUAUGUGUAGGCAUAUAUGGAAACGUAUGCAAACUAGGCCAGUUCUGUAUUUUUAUUUUGUCUUGAAAUUUUAAAUUGGACCUGAACUCAAAAAGUGAAUAUUUGCUAUGUCAUAGGGAACAUCUAGUAAUGUAAAUUUUACCUGAGCAAUACCAUGGGGGAAAAAAAUCUAUUUAAUCUUAUUCCCCCUGAAAUAUGCAGAUGUACUUCCUAUGCCCUAGCCACUUCUGUUCUGUAGACUCAUAGCUGUAUGUCUGCGAUGUGGGAUCAUCUAAGUACAGCUAGUCCUACUAUUUCAAGAGUUCAGGUUCUCUUUAAUCAUGACUUUCAGGAAAUCUGGAAAUACCCCUGAUGGCUCACAAGCUCACAAAGGGGUCACCUUUUCACACAGCUCCCUGGUGUUAUUGGGAUCUGGAGCCAUAAAUCCUGACUUCACUUGCAGUGCCACCUACUGAUGAAAUCUGGUAUUGCAGUGCAGCCAUGAAAUGCAGAUCUGCUAUGUGAAAACCUCCUGCGUUUCAGUGGUCCGUUUAGGAACAGUGAAUAGGGGCCCUAAUGUGUACAAAGAGAGUACUUUUCUGGAUUACUGAUUGUACGUGUCCUAGGAUUUCCAUUUUUUUCUGAUAGUUGUUAUAAUGGUAAUACUAUGGUUUAGAGCAAUAGUAGGGGUUAUGACCCUUGGCAAUCCGAAAUCAGUUUGAGACUACACACUGUAUAUAGAAGUCUAAAGGACUUCUAUCAGAUAAUGAUGAAAUGCCCUCGACCUCGGCCCCUCAUUGGCCACCCCUGCUGACACUUUUCAUCCCUAUUAAACUGAUGGGAGUGCAGCGUCCUUUCGACUUCUAUAUACACCUGCUAUCUUAGAUGUGUACCUGGAAGCUGGCACCUGACAGAGCUGUGGAUCACCAGGGUAGUCUGCGGGUGCUUAGGGCGGCGCUCUGAGCUUAUUUGCACUAUACUGCUGCAUUCAGACCCUCGGCUUACUCCACACCAGUGUGCCAUGUCUUUGAACAAGGCUCUAUUUGUAGGCUGUAAAUGGCUUUUUUUUUUUAUUUUAUCUGGGUUUAGGUCAUUUACUGGUAGCACAACCCUUCUGGUGCCAAACGGAGAUCUGAGAAGCUCAAUGACCAAGAAGAUUUCGCAUCAAAGCUGUUACCUAGAGUUUUGUUACGGAGAGGCCUCCUGGGAAGUAUGUGAAUCAAAAAGGACUGGCAACUCGGAUGCUCUUGAAUAAAAGUCCUUUAUUGGUUACAUGGGUACAGGCUAUACGCUGAUGCAUUUCGGCUAAGAAGCCUUCAUCAAAGCACUAAUAAGUAUGGUUUGUAAUGAGGGGACAAUGAGAUGUGUCCAGGCCUAAGAGUCUGUAUUAAAAGAUCUAUGGGAUUUUUAUUAUUUUUCCACAAUUCUAUUUACCUAGGUGGGUGCAGCAUCAGUCCGAUGCUGCAUCUGUCCCCCACCUGCUCCAACACUGAUAUCCGAUCCUUCUAACACAUCCGAUCUCUCAGGUCUCCAUGAGCAGAGAGCUGGGGACUGAAAGCAACAUUUUCUCCUUUUUAAAAAUAAAUAAAAAUGAAAGCAGCUCCCCGCAAGGGAAGGCGAUACCUACCUACCUGACUGUUAGGCCUAUUGUAGAAUGUUUGAUCUCUUCAGCAGCAAAGGUGUUGCAGAUGCCUACUUCUACCACUAGGUGCUGACUGACCCCCUACUUCAUUACAGAACACAGUAAUGAUGUAGAAUCCAGCGGAUGGAACCAGUGUAUUGUUCAGGCAUUCUAACACAGGUGGUCAGAUGUGAAAUUUCUGCAAAUGGCGCAAAGAUUACACUGGCAUUGGAAGUGG